AUGUCUGGAUGGCACGUAUCUUUCGAGGACAUACUUGCUCUCCAUCAGAGCGACUUUGUGGCUGCAUCUCAGGAAACGCGCCUAGGUAUUCUGAGGACAGUCCGGGAUCAUAUCAUUGCAAAAAACAAGUCACAGGAGGAAUCGGUUGAGUUGCCAAAGGCAUUGAAAAAGGCUAUCAGGUGUUACUACUGCCAAUUUUUAACCGAUGAAGAUGACUUACAGGCAGAAGAAGAGCUUUUGCGAGAUGAGCAAGAGGACGGGACAUCUAGCCUGUCCCCUGAGGAGAGGGAGGCAGGUGCCCGUCCUAAAGAUGCGGCCUUCUACAAGAAAGAAGUUAGUGACUGGGAUGUUGCCCAGAGGCUAUUUAAGCAGGAGAUUGACGAGUAUGAUAAGGAGGAGCAAGCGAAGUUAGGGGUAAAAAAUGAAAUCAAGUAUAGAACCGGUCAUGCUAGAGAUUGGUUCAAAAACAUGACCCCUGCACAACGGAAGGAGGUUGAGAAUGCAAGGGAAAAGUGGAACAAGGAGGGUGCUCCUCCGGAAUCGCAGACAAUGUAUCGAAAGAGGCACUUGAAAAAAAUUCUGGAAGACUUUACCGAACAAAUCUGUCGUACCAUGGGAUGUCAGGUUAUGAUCCUAGCCAGUCACAAGAAACUUGCAGACCAGACUCUAAAUGUUGUGGUUCACGAGUCCAAGCCGGUCAACAGUAAAAAGCCCUUUACUCAGAGUUCACGAGGGAAUAAGGAAUGGAUGUCUGAGGGUUUUGAAAAAUUUGCGGAAUGGUCAAAGUUAGAAUUCUACCCAGAGGAAAAUGAUGACGACUCAAAUGACAAAGAGGAAGGCGAUGGCAAACCUAGCCUACCUGACGUCAUUUUGGACAAAACCGGUUACGCGAAGCUUCCCUCACGAGCUGGAGUUGCUGCCAGAGGGCAACAAGAAUUGGUGCAUCAGAUAUUCCGUGCAUCUUACAAGGUCUUCAUGGACACUACCAAACCCGUACCUUGGCGUGAGGUGGUGGCAAACCCCUCUCUCUACCUGGACCCCAAUUCCGUUCCAGAAGGCUUCAUCUUGAGAGACCCGUCUCAUAUGAGGGCCGAAAAUAUCAAUCAGCUGUGGGCUCAUUGGGAGGCUAGGAGGGCGGCGAAGAAGAAGCUGGUGAUUUUCAAUGCAGCUAAAAUUGGUGAUAUGAGCAAGGAACGACUUCGGAAUGCGGUUCCCCACCAGCAAAAAACUAAGAAGAUGUAUGUAGAAAUCGAGCCAGUCACCGCUUCUAGCUCCAAAGGAGCAGCCAGCACACACCCAACGCAUCGUACGACUAGGCUGGCCAAGGACGCUUCCUCAGAAAGCAAGUCGGCUGGAGCACCAUCUACAGGACAUAGGACAAACCUGGCCAAAAGUGACCCCUCUGAAGAUGAGUCGGCUGCAGCAGCCUCCAGGGGACGUAGGACCACAACGGCUGCCCGACCUUCCAGUGCUCAGCAGGGCGCUCCUGCAACAGUUCCCAUGAAAGAUCGAAUCCCGUUCUUGAAGUCCCUCAGCAGCAACAACGAAUACCUGCUUUUAGUGGAGGGCAUCAGAGACUUGAGAAAGGAACCAAGUUUGAACCAGCAAAAGGGAUGGCCUGCCUGGGCAACUUGGUCCUGGGAAGGGUCUUACCUUCCAAAUGACGUGCACUGCUUAGAUGGUGAGGUGCAGAAGUUCUUAGCAACAGCUACCUCUACGGAGAUCACUGGCUUGCCAUCUGCAAUGCGAGUCGCACUAGGUCUUGGAUUGCUGCUCAGGGAGUGUAAGCGAGCCAUUGAGUAUGAGGCAGACGAGGCCGCCUUGGAGACUCCCACUUGCGUUAGCACCUCGAUCUUGGAUAUCAAGAUGCUUGACCGGGUCAUAGAGGCGGUCAAGAAGGUCAGAGGUGGGCUCAUGCAUCUACUGAAGUCGAAGGACGUUCAGCAGGAACCUGCUAUCCUUCAUAAGGCUGCUCUUGGAGACGGACUUGGAGCUGAAGAUGGUGCUGGUGAUGAUGCAGAUGGCGAAGAGGGAGUAGUGAGGGGACAGAUGAGUCUGAAGCUGGCAGAUGAGUUGCAGAAGGUUAAGGAGGAGAAUAUGAGGAAUCAGAAGUUGAGGGAGGAGAAUCGGAAGCUUGAAGAGGCCCUGAAGGAGCUGCAGGAAGCCAACAGGCUCCUGGCAAAAGUGCGGGAGGAGGAAGAGAAGUGUGUAGCGGGAGAACAGGGGAAUGAGGAGGUAUUGGUGGAAGAGGACAAGGAUGGGGAGGAUGGGGAGGACGAGGAGGAAGUGGUGGUAGAGGGGAAGGGGAAGAAAAGAACCAAGUCUGGUGGUUCUAGAAAGCCAUCCAAGAAGGCCAAGGGUGAUGUCCGCCGAUUCUCCAGAGCUAAGCAGCCCACUGAGAAAGCCAUGAAGCUUUAG